AUGGGUGAACACGAUGUAGUCUACUUCUUGGCCACGCCUCGACUCGUCCAUGGUCCGCUCAUUCAUUUUCCGACUACUACGCCCGCGCAAGUGCAGAGGAUAGGUGGAAUCCAAGACCUAGACGACAAUUCUUUGCCCAAUUUUAUCCUUACCAGUACCGAUCUCCACGAGAUGCAUGCUGAAGGCUCGGGGCACCCAGGUUCGUGGAUCUACCAAAUCUCCACCGGACCUCAUAUGGUGCAGAUAGAAAAUUGGCAGCCCGAUCAGGACGCAGAGCCUAGGCACUACAUGACUGUUGGAGCCGUCAUGUGGUCGCAGAUCAUGGCAUUUGCCGUGACAAACGGAACCGAUACGGUGGAUGACCUCGUCUGGCAAAGUAAUCCCGAAUACAAUAGGACUUGGGAGCAGUUUGGCGGCAGCCCGUGGCAGCCGAUGUUUGGGCCGGUCGGCCCAGGGGCAAGAGAGCAGAUGCGUCGGUUUCACCGGCUGGCUCGGGACGACACUGACCCAUAUGGCGAGUUCCUCGAUGAACUUACCAUAUACCCCAACCCAGCUCUAGACGAGGGACAUCGUUAUAUCAUCCGGGCUCUGUUCGACUGGGACCGGAGAAUGGAGCCUGAGCGAGGGUUCCCCCUAGCCCGCCUCAAUCGCCGAGUCAACGUGGCUGAGGAAGGCUGGCUGCCUGUUGAUGAAGCCCGCAGGAGGCGCGAGGAAUGCGAGGAGGAGGUCGGACGUUUGGUGGAAGAGCUGCUCGAUUCGUCUGCUGAUGAAAGCGAGGGUGGAGGAGAAUACCGCGACCGCGCUGUGCCACAGAUGGAAGAACACGCGCGGCGACGUCUUUGCCAGGCAUCGUCAUCAUCCAGCGACAGUGAGGGCUGCAUGGACUUGGUCAGGCAGGCUUUGAGAAAUCAAGCUAGCCCAAGCCACGACGGGAGUCGCGACCGCUCGCGGCUCAGAGGUAACAUGGACUGGCUGAAGCACAAGGAGCAGAAUCGCCGGUGCCAUCAGAGCCAACUUACAACAACGCCGGCGUCUUCCUCGGAGGACGGUGCCGGUGAAGCGAACGUGACCUUGUCGUACGACGGCCCGACCCGCCAGCGGCAAUGGGCACAGUUCGCGCGGGAGGCGGCCGCAGCCAACGUGGACGAGGACACGUUGAUGCAGCACCUAGACAGGGGCAUCGUCUCGUUCGGACGGCUGUUUCCCAGCCUCUAUGAAUCGCUGGUGCGCCAGUUCCCCGCAGUCUACAAUGCCCUCCACAUCGCGGCCGGGCUGGGCAUAAGCUUCCGUGCCUGCAGCCGCGACCCCCUGGGGCCCGGCCCUUCCGGGCAGGGGAAGAGGAAGAAGAGGUCCGACGAGGUUCAUGGCCUGGGGCCACGGACGACAAACCGGAGCGGCGACAAGUGCAAGGCGCUGCAUGACAUGGGCAGGCUGCACUCCAACGUCUACGUUUGCAGCGGCAUCAGCUUUGGCGCGCCGUGCAUGUGGGUUGGUGCACCACCGGGGCAUUGCGUCAAUCUACCCGGGGAGCUGAUGGUGGAUGCGUCCUCUUUCCGCCCGAAUGGGGCUGCCGGCUCCUGCAAGCUGUACGACAAGGUGUCUUGUGCCGGACUCGACGUCGAGAUCGACGGCCCUAUAGAGUUUUUCGCACCGGGUGGCCAGUCCGCAAACUGGAACGACCGGGCGCGCUCUCUCCGUUGUCACGGCCCUCCGAAGAAAGAACACCGAGAGUCCCCGUCCCCGCUCCAUGCUCAGGGUCCACCGACCCAGCCGUGCGACAUCAUAAACAAGUUGACCAUUCACUUCGAGAUGGGAGGUCAUGGCACGUGGGAUAGAAUCGACGGCGUCAUGGAAAAGGCAACCUUUUUGCUAGCAUCAGGCCCCCGAGGAGACUACAAGACCACGAGAGACAUCAGUCUCCACGAAGCCUUCGGCGCCGGCGAAGUGGCCCUGAAGGACAUAAAUUGGUUUGGCGUUACGUCGACGAAACAAUCCCUCCUUGGUAUGGCGUGGAACAUAGGUGGCGUCACACUCACCGCGAAAUGCGCCGAUUCGGAUGACGAGAUGAUCUGGGAUAAAUACGCGAGUUUCGACAGCGGCUACCUCGGUAGGAACUCUGGCGAAGUCAAGAUGGUCUGGGGUGUCCGGAUCUAUCUGCGCGACUGGCACAAAGAUGGAGCGGCGGCGGUAGCAAGCCAAAACGUGGAGGCACAGCCCAAGCACGAUGAGCACUGA